GAAAAAAAAGAAAGAAUGGAAGGACCACCAACCUCUCUAAAAUCUCCCCCAGCUCUCUAUAGACGACGAGAGAAGCAAAGCCAGAGAGCAUAGAAGCUUUAUGAUCUCCAAAAGUAGUUUUUUUUUCCCCUUUCUUCCUGCUUUCACUCUUCUCCCCUGCAGGUCGAUGGGAAUCUCUCUUUCCUCGUUUAGGGUUUAGAAAGCCCUUCAACAAGUUUCAAUUUUGACCUAUUUCUUCGUAGCUUGUGCGAAGAAUCUGCAUCGAGAGCUUUUCCGGCGAGAUGAUGAUGUUGAAGAGCGGCGAUUCGAAUCUGAACCGAAUCUCGCAGGAUUUCGGGGAAUCGGCAAUGGGAAGCUUGAAGCAAGCAAUUCUGGAGCAGGACUUUACUUUUCGUAAACAGCUUCGAGAGUUGCAUCGCUUAUAUUGGACCCAGAAACACCUGAUGAACGAGCUCUGUCAGAACGGGCAGGUUGGAAAUGCUCUGUUGAGGAAUGAGAGUGCUUUGCUCAGAAAUCAUCAGAGAAAUUUCAACCUUCAACUUCCAGCUGAUGUUUUUAUCAGCAUCGACCAGAAGAAUCAUAAUAAUCACCUUUCAGAGACAGAUCUCUCCAAGUCCAGGAGGAAAUUUGCUGUUGAAAAGAGCUUGCUCUCCUCAUUUGGUUCUGGUUACAAUGAGAUUAUUGAUUUGGAGGAUUCUGUGGAUUUAGAUAGCCAUGAGAAGGAAAAGGUGAGCUUGAAAGAGAAUCAUGUGUGUUGUGAGUACUCUUCUAUGGUUCAUUUUGGUGAGGCACAUGAUAGAAGAUUGAAAGAGCAGAUCGCUCAUGUUUCCUGUGUUGGAAUUGAUGAUUCUAGCUUGGAUUAUGUAAAUGAUCGCUAUAGAAAUACACAUGAAUCUGAACCAGCACUUUUUGACCUUAAUAUGCCCGUUAGGGAUUCAGGUGUUCAUAAUAGCUCAGAAGAUUCUAUUCUGGCUGAUAAUAAUACAAAGAAUUUUGAGCAUAAUGUGAGCAUAGUGGAUAAUAAUGUUCUGUCAUCUGCUUAUCCUGUAGAAGGAACAACAGGUUCUAGUGAUGGAGCUCUAAUUAUCAUAAAUGAAACUCCAAUUCCGUCCAUUGAGCUAACUAAGCAAGAAAAAGGAAGAGAUUCAAUAGAGAAUCUAAGUAAUCAUGAGGAAAGUGAAGAAGAUACCUUAUCAAGUCACACCUCAGACCAACAAAAUGCAUUACUUGGAAAGUCUUAUAGUGGAUAUAACUCUAAUGACAUUAGGGAGAGUAGCUCUUAUGAAAAAGGCAUUCGAGAACCUGCUACUCUUUCAAUUACUGAUGAUUCUGUAAUCACUCAGUCGCAUUCUACAGAAAAUGAAAUGUCUUAUUUUGGUAAUUUCAAGUCUGAAGAACAGGAUAUUGCCACUACAGAAGCUGCACAGGCUCUAAUGGCUAUUUCUUUCGGAAGGUCGGAGAUUACAUCAAAGAAAUUUGAUGUCAUUGAAGUUGCAGAAGUCCCAUUUAAUGAUGAGACUGAUCAGCUUCAGGAUUCUUCUGAUUCUUUUGAAACUAUGACAAUGCACUUAAUUGAGAUACAAAAUGAUGAUAUAAUGCCUGAUAUACCGAGAUUGAAUGUGGAAGAGAAGGAGGAAAGGAUGAUCAGGUCGAAAAGGGGGAAGGGGCUUCAAAAUUUUCAGAAGGACAUAUUGCCUGGGCUUGUGUCCCUUACUAGGCACGAAAUUUGUGAAGACCUGUAUAGCAUAAACUACAAGUUCAGAAGACAUACUUCUAGUAACGCACGGAGCUUCUUUGCUCCAGUUACAAGAAGGAGAUCAAGGAUCUGUUCUGGGCGUCGGCAGCGCCGGAGCUUUCCAUGGUGAAUGAGGAUUCUGUCUGAAGCAAUUUACGUCAUGAAGCUGAUUCAAGGUAGGUAUAAUAAGUUGAUGAAGCUCUCUAAAAUUGCCAUCUUUGCAACAUUGCAUUCACAAUUUUGUAUGUCAGUUGAAUAUGUUUGCCUAAAUGAGUGCUUGAAAAGGAGAAAGAAAAUUACUCGUUCAAGAUUUCACAGUUUGCAAUUAUUUUUUCAAAUUGUCAAGACAUGGCAAUUCUAAGUCUGUGGUGAUGCCGUGAUGGAAUGGAAUCAUGGAUUACAUGAUAAACAAAUCAUGGAAGGAACAUUUUAGUGCUUUAUGAGGAUAUUGGAUCUUUCUUUUCUAGCCAGUAUUCCUACACUAAAGUUUCACUCCCUCAAAACAACCCUGAAUCUGUUGACUGGAUUGGAAUGCCAGUAUUCUCAUAUAUAAGUUCUAUUAAUCCUUGAUUUC